AACACCGAUAGUCUGAGUUGCUCCCCCUUAUUACGGGUGCGCCACUUGCAUGUCAAAGUAAAAAAAAAAUAUCACUGGGUUAUCUAGCUGUAUCUUACAUACUUAACUGAGAUCAAAAGGAAUGUCGACCGCAAGUGCUGAAACAAAUGUUAAAGACGGUGUAGUAGACAAUGCAGGAUGGAUCGACGCGUGGGCUUCUGGGAGAACGGACUUUCAUCAAAGCACACAUGACAGGUUUCUUGAUCUGAAGGAAGCAGAAGUGUUUGAAGGAAAAACGAAAUCAGUAUUCAUGCCACUGUGUGGAAAAUCUCUCGAUAUUUUAUGGAUGUACAAUCAUGGACAUACUGUAUGUGGAGUAGAAAUUGCCGAACUAGCAAUUCAGCAAUUCUUUGAAGAGCAUGGCAUUGAAUUUGAGGUCAAAACUUUAGAGAAUAUUGGAAAACUUUACAAAAGUAAAGAUGAUAGGCUGCAAUUGUAUGUAGCUGAUCUGUUUGAAAUGACUCCAGAAUUGUGCGGUCAGUUUGACAUCAUAUUUGAUUCAAAAUCUUUCGUAGCCAUCAACAAGUCAGACCGUCAAAAAUAUGUCAAUGUUCUUCUAUCACUCAUGAAGACAGACGGAAAGUAUUAUUUGUCGGCGUUUGACUACGAUCAGUCAGUAUGGCCAGGUCCACCACAUUCGACCCCUGGGGAGGUUGUCAAUUCCUGUUACAGCGACAGAUGUAAUAUCGAACUACUUGAAGACGCCGACCAGGUUAUGAAAGAGAAACAAGCAUCUAGUGUUGAACCUCCGGUACCACAACAAGACUACGAAGAUUUCCCGUCGGCAAUACGUGCCGCCACGUACGCAAUGUUUCGCUGGUACAAGCUCACUAUGAAACAGUCGUAACAGAACUCAGUGAAAAUUCUACAUUAUAAAAUAGCAUGCAUUUAUACUUGAUAAAUCUCUGUUUAUACAGAAUGUUUAUGCACUGUCUAGAUUUUAUACGUAUUAAAAUUGAAACUGGU